GCUGGGAGGCGGCGGCCCCUGCGGCUGUGGGAGCGGCCUGCGCGCCCCAUGGAGCGGUAGUGGGUCCGUGCUCGGCUCGGUGGCCGGGCCGUGCCGUGCCCUUGAGCGCCCCUGGAUUCGGCUCUGGAGGGUGCGGUCACGGGUGGGAUUGCGACGGCGGCGCCCGGCAGCACGGAGCGGGUGCGUGGGGGCGCAGGAAAUGCUUCAAGGACCAUCAGAAGAUGUGUUUGCAAAGAUGGAAAGUUCAGUUGAAGACAUGGACACCUCCGAUACCCAGUGGGGCUGGUUUUAUUUGGCUGAGUGUGGUAAAUGGCAUAUGUUUCAGACUGACUCAAACAGUCACUGUUCCAUCAGCAGUGAAGAUAUCGAAAGGAGUUUCCGAACAGACCCCCAUGGAUCGCUGUCUUUUACCACUGCAAAGUUUAACUACACACUGGACUUUUCAGUGAUGAAACAAAUCAACCUAACUACCCUUAAACAACGUCCAAUAAAGCGAGCUCCCUUUGCAAUCAAUUCAUUCAGUUUCAUCUGUGAAAAUGAGGCUAUCCCUAUGCCUUCACACUGGGAGAAUGUAAAUACUGAGGAGCCAUACCAGCUGAUUCCCUUGCAAAAGAAAACAAAUGAAUAUAAUGAAGUUUCUAGUCUCUUUGGAAAAACAAUGGAUAGCCACCGAAUUAAAAGAAUUAAGAGAAUACAAAAUCUAGACUUGUGGGAGUUUUUUUGCAGGAAAAAAGCUCAACUGAAGAAGAAAAGAGGUGUCCCAACAAUUAAUGAGCAGAUGCUGUUUCAUGGCACCAGUAAUGAAUUUGUAGAAGCAAUAUGUAUUCAUAACUUUGACUGGAGAAUAAACGGGAUGCAUGCUGCUGUAUAUGGAAAAGGGACUUAUUUUGCAAGAGAUGCAUCAUAUUCCAGCCAUUUCUGUAAAGAGAGCAUGAAGCACGGAGAUACUUUCCAGAUUCAUGGUGUGAACCUGCAGCCCCAUCUGCACAGACCAGAUAAAGUCAUGUUUCUUGCUCGUGUAUUAACUGGUGACUAUAUUGGUGGUGAUUCAAAAUACAUGAGGCCUCCUUCAAAAGAUGGAAGCUUUGUGAACUUGUAUGACAGCUGUGUGGAUAACACCUGGAACCCAAAGAUCUUUGUCAUCUUUGAUGCCAACCAAAUCUACCCUGAGUACUUAAUAGAAUUUUGUUAAGUUUGAA